AUGGCGCACGUCUGUGGCCUGUGGCUGUCCGGCUGCCUGGCCCUGGCCACCCUGUCUUGCCUUGUGCAUGGCCAGCAUGUGUUCCUGGGCCCUCAGCAAGCCCUGUCGCUGCUCCAGCGGGCCCGGGUCCGACGCGCCAACAGCUUCCUGGAGGAGAUACGCCAGGGCAACCUGGAGCGGGAGUGCCUGGAGGAGGUGUGCAGCAAGGAGGAGGCCUUCGAGGCCCUGGAGUCUUCCACCGCCACGGAUGUGUUCUGGGGCAAGUACACAGCUUGUGAGCCAGUGAGGAAACCUCGAGAAAAGCACGACAGAUGUAUGGAAGGUAGCUGUGUGGAAGGUGUGGGUGCUAACUACCAAGGGAACGUGAGCUUCACCCGGUCAGGCAUCGAGUGCCAACUGUGGAAGAGUCGCUACCCACACAAGCCUGAAGUCAACUCCACCACCCACCCUGGGGCGGACUUGCGGGAGAACUUCUGCCGUAACCCAGACAGCAGCCCCACCGGGCCCUGGUGUUACACCACAGACCCCACCGUGCGAAGGGAGGAGUGCAGCGUGCCUCUGUGUGGCCAGGGGGGCGUAACUGUGGAGUUCACCCCACGCUCCAGAGACCCCACGGUGAAGGAGUCACCGCCAUCGGAGCCAUGCGUGCCUCAGCGAGGCCGGUACUACCAGGGCCGCCUGGCAGUGACCACACACGGGACGCCCUGCCUGCCCUGGGCCAGUGCGCAGGCCAAGACCCUGAGCAAGGACCAGGACUUCAGGCCAGAUGUGCCGCUGGAGGAGAACUUCUGCCGCAACCCAGACGGGGACCAGGAGGGCGCAUGGUGCUAUGUGGCGGGGCAGCCUGGCGACUUCGAGUACUGUGAUCUCAACUACUGCGAGGAGCCCUUGGAGGAGAUGGAGGACAUUCUGGCCCCGGAACCGGAAACGGCCAUAGAGGGACGCACCGCCUUGGAGGAGUUUCAGCCCUUCUUCAAUGAGAAGACCUUCGGCAGUGGGGAGGCAGACUGUGGGCUACGGCCUCUGUUUGAGAAGAAGUCAGUGGAGGACCAGACACAACAGGAGCUUCUCGACUCUUACAUUGAAGGACGCAUCGUGCAUGGUUGGGAUGCAGAGACUGGCAUUGCGCCCUGGCAGGUGAUGCUUUUCCGGAAGAAUCCCCAAGAGCUGCUGUGUGGGGCCAGCCUCAUUAGUGACCGCUGGGUCCUCACGGCUGCCCACUGCCUCCUGUACCCUCCUUGGGACAAGAACUUCACUGUAGAUGAUCUUCUGGUGCGCAUUGGCAAACACUCCCGCACCAGGUAUGAGCGAGGCUUUGAAAAGAUCUCCAUGCUGGAGAGGCUCAUCAUCCACCCCCGGUACAACUGGAGGGAGAACCUGGACCGGGACAUCGCUCUGCUGAAGCUCAAGAAGCCCAUCACCUUCAGCGACUACAUCCACCCUGUGUGCCUGCCGGACAAGGAGACAGCAAACAGAUUGCUCCAGAGUGGAUACAAAGGGAGGGUGACAGGCUGGGGCAACCUGAAGGAGACCUGGACAACGAACCCUGGGGAACUGCAGCCCAAAGUCCUGCAGGUGGUCAACCUGCCCAUCGUGGACCGGCCGACCUGCAAGGCCUCCACCCGGAUCCGCAUCACGGACAACAUGUUCUGUGCUGGUUAUAAACCUGGCGAAGAGAAAAGAGGGGAUUCUUGUGAAGGUGACAGUGGGGGACCCUUUGUCAUGAAGAGCCCCUUUAACAACCGCUGGUAUCAAAUGGGCAUCGUCUCAUGGGGUGAAGGCUGUGACAGGGAUGGAAAAUAUGGCUUCUACACACAUGUGUUCCGCCUGAAGAAGUGGAUACAGAAGGUCAUCGAUCGGUUUGGAAGUUAGGGGGGCCUCCUCAUGUUUUAGCCUCCUCACUGUAAAAUCACAGAAACCAAUGCAGUGAAAUUAUUAUUUUUGUUUUAUGCCUGAAACUAGAGUUCGCAAUAAAAGUGACCCAAUCACUGAGCCU